AUGAAGCUAAUAUUCCUAGCUGUGUUCAUGACACUAUGCAUUCCACCAUUGACAGCCACGCCAUGCAAAACUGUUGUAAGAGUCAAGCAGCAAGCUAUGAACUAUGCAUGUCAAACUCAAAGAAGACCUCUUCAGAAAGCAUUUGGCCUCAUUGCAAUCCCUGAUGUAUCUCAGAAUAUCGGAGGUGGAGGACUCUUAGGAAAUAUAUUUGGAGCAGCACAAAACUUGAUAGGGAAAGUUUUAAAUAUUGUAGGGAUAAAAAUUCUGCAGGUUAACCUUCCAGACCUUGAUGUUAAACUAAUGCCUAGAGUGGGUGUCCAAGUCUCUGUGGAUACUGGCCUUCAUAUCCAAGGUCGAGUUCUUUUACUUGGUGGAAUUGAGAUAAAAGUAGGAGCUGGAGUUCUUGCAGAUGUCCGUGUUUCAAAGACGGCUAAAGGUUUCCCUAUCCUUGCUGUUAGUGCCUGCAAGUCCAUCCUAGGAGAAAUACAAGUUACUGCUGGAGGAUUCAGUUUAAUUCCUACAAUAGUGAAAGUCAUUCAAGGACACAUUCAUGCCAUCUUAAGUGACAGGUUAUGUUUAACAGUCUCCAAUGUUUUCCUGGGAAUGAACGCAGAUUUGGGACUGAUGGCUCAUGUUACCCCUAUUACUGGUGACCUUGAAAUGCAAUACACCAUGCCUAGCCCUCCUGUGGUAACUGGUGAUUAUAUGGACAUGGAUAUGAAUGUAGAAUACAAAGUGCAAGAUCAGGUGAUAGAACUGCCAUCUAGUGCAAAUGAUUUCACCCUGCCACCUGGAGCAGGUUCAGAGAACUCCAUGGUCAACAUGGGAUUUUCCGAAGAUUUUUUUAUAGCUAUGUUUACAGCUAUACAUAGCUCAGGAGGGUUUAAUAUGGAGAAGUCAGCAGGAUUUAUAAAACAAAAGUAUACUCAGUCACUCCCUGUGAACCUUAAAAUUGUUGUCACUGAGACACCAGACGUCCUCUUCAGUUCCAGCCAGCUACUGAUUAAUCUCUCUCCACAAAUAGAGAUGUUUGUGGUCUUGCAGGACUCGCAUGCACAGCACCUUUUGACACUCAAUGUGGGAGUUACGUUUGCUGCAAAGCUUGAAGUUAAGGGAGAAAAAUUGAAGACUUCCCUUUCAUUAGCAGGGGAUCUCAGUCUUGCUGUGGCUUCUUCAUCUUAUGGACCAUGCAAAACCAAGAUUUCCGUGCUCAGUGGAUACGUGCGUGCAGUCUUUGAAAAGGCUUUCUUGGUUCAGAUAAACGCGGAAAUGAGUGUGGGCCUGGCAUUGCCAUCACUACCAAACGUACAACUUACUGACCCAGUCGUGACCAUAGAGGAGGAUUAUGCAGUCAUGUCAUGUGAUCUUCAAUAUAUCAAGUGA